AUGUCCUCCCCAGCAGGAGAAUACCGCAUCCACAGCCUCAACUCCCGCUCCGACCUCCUUCGCGCCCUCGAACGCCACCAAGACACCCUCAAACAGCCGUGGCCCGCUUUCUUCCACGGCAGCCCAACCCUCACAACCUACCUUCCGCGCUUAAUCGACUACACAGGCCUCCUCCGCUACCAAUAUGUGAUGGUCUGGCAGGACCACACAGGCCAAGAGACGCUCGUCGCGCACGCCCGCUCCGUCCCGUUCUACUGGCCCGAACUAGCCGAUUUUCAUCGCCGCCAGCCAGACACCAUACCUUCCCGUUCCCCUUCCUUAGCAGGAGAAGACGGUCAGCGGGUCCUGGAGAGCCUUCCGGACGGCGGCUACGAAACCAUCCUCUCGCGCGCCGUGGAGCAGUUCUUCGUCCGACAGGGUCUCCCUGCUAUGUCGCCUCCUUUGACGCACGAUCAGGUUCGGGACAUGGCCGUUCGGCGACGAUGCGAGGCACCGAAUGCGCUGGCGGCUGUGGGGAUAGUGGUUUAUCCGGACUGGAGGGGCCAGGGGAUCGUGGGGCGAAUGGUGCAGUAUAUGAGGGGCGUUGCUGGGAAGGAUGGGUUGGGUGUGUUGGUCACGCCUUUGCGACCGGCAGGGAAGGCGCUUUUUCCGACGGUCGAGAUGCAGAAGUAUCUGGGUUGGAGGAAGGAGAUGGGGCCGAAGACGGUGGAUGAGUCUUUAUCGUUCUCCAUGUCGACCGGUUCAGCGUCUGUGGAUGAUGGGAUACGUGCACUGUUUGAUCGGGUGUUGAGGAAGCAUGUUUCUUUGGGUGGGAGGGUGGUCAAGGUCGCGAGGAAUAGUAUUUCGGUGACGCGGGAUAUUGGGGCGUGGGAGGGUUGGACGAGAUUGGAUUUGCAGGAGUUGGUGGAGUCAGAGACUGAAAAUGGGGAGAUCUGUGUUCCUGGCGCCUUGGUUCCUGUCAAAUACCAUCCGAAAGAUAAGCGACUUGUCUAUCGUGAGCCUCACGUCUGGGUGUAUCAUACCGUGACUACACCCAGCUAA